UCCUCUCUAACCCCACCUCUCAUCUCACAAGCUAGCUAGUUGCUGUAGCUGCCAUGGCCAGGGAUCUCGCCUUCGUCCUCCUCGUCCUUGCCGCGCUAGCCGCCUUCUCGUCAGCGACCAAGCUGACCAUCCACAACCUCUGCCCGCACCCGGUCUGGCCGCUCGUCACCCCCAACGCCGGCCUUCCGUCCAUCUCCGAAAACACCGCGCGCCUCGACACCAACGCGAUUCUCUCCCUCACCUUCCCACCCACCUUCUGGGCCGGCCGCGUCGCGGCCCGCACCGGCUGCAACGACGGCACGUCGCCGCCGCGCGGGUGCUUCACGGGCGACGCGCCGCCGUCCACCGUCGCGCAGAUCACGGUCCACGACAGCGGGAACCUGGACCUCGCCGCGUACAGCGUCAGCCUCGUAGACGGGUUCAACGUGCCGAUGGUGUUGAGCCCGCAGGCCAUCGGCGGCGGGCAGUGCCCGGCGCUCGGCUGCGUCGUGGACCUCAACUGCGACUGCUCUCCGGACAACCGCGCCGCCGAAGGCACCGCGUGCCGCGGGCCCGCGGGGUACUUCAAGAACCGUUGCCCGCUCACCAGGACCACGCCGACAGACGUGGAGCCCGUGCCGCAGAGCUGCCGCGCGCCCGGGGAGCUUAAGAUCGUCCUCUGUCAAUCGUCCACAGGGGCGGAGCUAGCCUAAUGCAAGGGGUUGAUUCUCUACAACAAUAUGCUAGCGGUAGAAAAUGAAGUGGAGUCGAAGAAAGAAGCCUCGGCAUUGGAGAAUAGUUUCAGUAACGGCCGGCGGUCCGGCUCGAAAAAUCGGAACCGGUACCUUGUCCGGUGUUUUUAAGGUGUAUAGGUCUUUUGGUGAAAAAAAUCAAGAAAAUAUUUUAAAAAUGAUGUAAAAACUCAAACAACUAACCUUGAGGCAAGGCAUGCCAAGGUUAGAACACUUUGUGAUUUAUUAUUGGGUUACGUUUGAUAUAAUGUGCAUUCAUGUGAUUUUUGGUCAAAAUUUUGAAAAAGUACCUUAAAUCUUUUGAUAUAUUUUUUCACAAUUGUGCCAAUGCAUAGGUGAUCUGACCAAUCAAAACGUGAACAGACAACCUCAUAAGUUCAGUUGCCGGUUUGCUUUUCUCAACUUUGUAAUAGAGGAGCCCUGAAAUGAGAUAUUGCUGGAGACUGGGGUUAGAGAUCUAGGUUCGGGGUGAUAAGGGUCACUGGGAUGGAGGGGUUAAUAGCAAUGUUUUACUCCCUCCGCCCUAAUAAUAUAAGAGUGUUUCUGACACUACAUCAAUGUAAAAAACGUUUUUAUAUUAUGGGA